AUUCAAUAAGAUAAUGUUCCUGAACUGAAACAGCUGGGGUUCAUUUCCACAACUGUGAAAAAAUGUUAACCUGCGAAAGGGUCAAUUUCCGGUUAAGAGGAAUUCCAAGAAGUAGGUCUGAAGGAAAUUUGGUGGACAUGGAAGUGCAAAAAGCCACAAAAAAUUGCAAUAUUACAGUUUGUGCAGACUCAGGUUUGCUUCUCAAUUACCCAGAUGCUUUCACAUUUCUUGGCGAUGAUGCUUCCAAAGUUACAAAUCCAUUUUGGAGUGAACUGUCAGCUUCAAACCCAUUUUUGGAUGACAUAACUCAGCAAAGAAAUAACCAGAAGAGAGAUAAAAUUUCCAUCUUGAAAGAAGAUCCUUUCCUUUUUUUUAGAGAAAUAGAAGCUGGAAAUUCUGAUUCUUCUGGGGAUGAACUUGAUGUACACCAGUUGCUCAGGCAGACUUCCUCAAGGAAAUCUGGAAAAUCUAAAAGUGUCUCAGAACUUUUGGACAUCUUAGAUGGCAAAGCACAUGCCCUUCAGAAUACAUAUGAUUCUGACCAGAUACUAGAUCAAGACUUAGAAUGGCUUCAAAAUGAUAGAGAGGCUUAUAAAAUGGCUUGGUUAAGUCAACGCCAGCUGGCUCGUUCCUGCCUAGAUUUCAAUACAAUUAAUCAGAGUCCUGGAUGGACCCAAACACAAGUUGCAGAAACCACAAUCAUUUGCAAAUUAAAUCACCAAGGAGGGUCAGUACAAUUACCUGAGUCAGAUAUCACCAUUCAUGUGCCUCAAGGUCAUAUAGCAGUGGGAGAAUUUCAAGAGGUAUCUCUAAGAGCUUUUCUCAAUCCUCCACAAAUGCUUAACCAUGAUCUUUCAUGCACUGUAAGCCCAUUGUUAGAAAUCAUGUUAGGCAACCUUAACACAAUGGAAGCCAUUUUGCUGGAGAUGAAAAUUGGGACUGAAGUGAAAAAGGAUCCUUUCAGUCAAGUCAUGACAGAAAUAGUAUGUUUACACAGCUUGAAUAAAGAAGGCCCAUUCAAAGUGUUAGACAACUGCUAUGUUUAUAAAGAUACCAUCCAAGCCAAGCUAAAAGACUUGAACCAGGUGAUGUACCUAGUGGUUGCUGCACAAGCUAAAGUUAUUCAGUCACCAGCAGCAACCAUUUGGGAUUAUAUCCAUAAAAGCAUCUCAGUUGGAAUUUAUGGACCCAGAUAUAUCCAUCCCCAUUUCACCGCUAUUUUCACAAUUUGUGGACACAGUUAUAUGCCACAAAAGCUUACAAUCUCUGAUAUUAAAAAGGAUAGGAAAAACACACCUCCAGUUGUAUUUCAGCUCUGGGGGAAGCAUUCAUUUUUACUUGAAAAACCUCAAGAUUUAAGUAUUUCUGUUUUUCCAUGUGAUCCUGAUUUUGAAGUAAAGACAGAUGGACAAAGGGAAGAAAUCAAGCAAAAGCAGUUGCAAUCAGGUCAGGUAGUUCAUCAGCAAUUUUUAUUUUCUUUAAUUGACUCUAGAGAAAUGCAUUUGUUUGUUUUUCGUGUUCAAGUGGAAUCUUCCAAUGGUAGACCAGUGACACAGUUCUCUAUCACUACACCUGAUCUAGCCCCCAAACUAAAAAGGCUCUCAAACCCACUAGGCGAUUUACAAAAGGAAAUAGAAAUCAUGUCGGUUCCUAUGUUACCAACAGUGUGUGUUAAAUAUCCCACAUUUCAAGAAAAAAAAUUGAACUUUACCUACUAUGGAGUAGCCCUGAAGACAGUGCUAAGACACAGCAAGAUUGACUACUUACUUGAAUAUUUCAAAGGGGACACAAUAGCUCUUCUUGGAAAAGAUAAGGUGAAAGCCAUUGGGCAGUCCAAAGUGAAAGAAUGGUAUGUGGGAAUUCUGAGAGGUAAGAUUGGACUUGUGCAUUGCAAAAAUGUCAAGGUGAUUGCAAAGGAACAAGCAAUAUUUCCAGCAUUUAAUGUUUUCACAACCAGCAAUCUUCUUGAACAAAUUGCCCUGCCCUUUAAACAACUGACUUACAUCUACUCUGUUGUAUUGACCUUGGUGUCAGAAAAAGUUUAUGAUUGGAAAGCUUUAGCUGAUGUCCUGGGCUAUUCACAGCUGACCCUGGAAGAUUUUGAUCAAAUCCAAGCAGAUAAAGAAUCAGAAAAAGUUUCUUAUGUUAUAAAGAAGUUAAAGGAAGAUUGCCAUGCAGAUAAAAAUACCAGAAAAUUUCUUUAUGAACUUAUUGUGGCUUUAUUGAAGAUGGAUUGCCAAGGGUUAGUAGCACAUCUCAUCCAAGAGGCUGCUAUUUUGACUUCAGCUGUCAAGCUUGGAAAAAGCUGGAGGGAAUUAGCUGAAAAGUUAGUACGAUUCACCAAACAACAAAUGGAGGCAUAUGAAAUUCCUCACAAAGGAAAAACUGGAGUUGUUGCUAUUGAGAUGAUGUGGAAACCUGCCUAUGAUUUCCUCUAUACUUGGGGCGCUCACUAUGGAAAUAGCUACAGAGAUAUGUUACAAGACCUUCAAUCAGCCUUGGACAAAAUGAAAAACCCUGUGACCAAGGAAUGGCGAGACUUAACUGGAGCUUUAAUACUAGUAAAUUCUUUAGAAGUUUUGAGAGCAUCUGCAUUCUCCUCUGCUGAGGAAGUACAGAAAUGA